AUGGCGGCGAACGGGCCCGGGAUGGCCAGUCUUACAUUCACAAGCCUCAUAGUUUGUGUCGUCUUACUGGGACAAGGAUCCCCUGAGAAGACGGGAGGCGGCAAAGCGGAACAGAGAGACACCAUUCUUCAGGAAAUAUUUUCAAAAUGGAGUAGGCCUACAGGAAGUGGCUGGAAUCCUCAGAAAGCUCGUCCGGAACCACAGUCGGACCAGUCGGUGCCUCCUUGGGUGAGGAAUAUCAUGGGGAGCCUCAAAACACUUCUUCCAAGCAAGAACCUGCCUUCUUUAAACACGCCGAUUGACAGGCAGCGUCUCUCCGGCUUCCUCUACAACAUCUCUCUGUACCUCCAAGAGAUGGGUUCUGAGCUGGAGGAGGCGCCGGCGGGCGAGGAGCAGCUGUGGGAGAAGCUGCUGUAUUACGUCCUCCAGUUUGAAGGCAGCGCUCUGAACCAGUGGAACGGCCGGGUCCCGCCCCGACCCAGCGUCGGAGUGCAGGACUGGUUCUUGUCCCUGAGGGGCAGCCCUCACUGGGACUGGCUUCUGGGGCUGCUGCAGAGUCUGAUCGGCCUGUCGGAGCGUCAGUCCCUCGGGCCUCUCGUGACUUUCUUAUCUCAGAACUGGAGGACGGUGAGCGCGGUGUUCGAAGCCGCGCUCCAGGCUCUGCUCAGUGGGACCUAUGGUCAGGCCAGCGCAGGCCUGCAGGGCUUCAUCUGUGCUCUGAAGGGUCGUAGCGACUGUGCCUUCAGUGUGAACUGGCUUCAGCAGCUGCUGCGGUUCCUCGAAACACGCAGCUGGAAGCCGGUCGUGAGUUUACACCCAACCGGGGAAGGGGUUGAACACAGUCGGAGCUCGAGUGCAUUUGGUCGUCCAAGGCCCUUCAGCUUGCCCCCUCAGGCCAGGAGGCAGGACGGGUUGUCUGUGAAUGCGUCGAUGACCGCUGAGGAUGACCAAGACUCCAUGCAGAGCUUCCUGCUGCAGGCGUUAUCACGCUCGGGGGGAGCGGAGCGAGGUGGCCACUUGGCACAGAAUAAUGUGGCUCUGGUGCAGAGUUUGGACGGGUUGAGGAGGGGCCUCCUGCACAGGGUGGGUAGUUCUGUCUACGGUAACCUGAGGAAGAAAGUCUCACGGGUUACCAUGGCGCUGCUUGAGGAUGUCGGCAGCCUGGUGGAUGUACCACAGCCCAAUGCUCGCAGCCGGUGCUCAGUCGGUGACCUUAGACAACUGAUCUUAUGGGGGAUAAGACACAAUGUGACGUGGAACACUCAGGCUCUGGGCUCUCAGGGUCUCCCGAGCUCCCUUCCAUUCCUCUCCUGCCCCCCCACUGAAGCAGAUGGCCUCCGAUCACGACCAACACCGGCCCAAUCAUCUCCAGAACAAGACUCCUCUGCAGGAACAAGCUCCAAACAAAAACACAUUAAUGACCCCUCGACUAAACCUCAUUCCUCCCAGCGGAACCAGCCACCGGCAUUCAGAACGAGAGAGAGCUACAACCAGAGAGAGAUUGAGUACUCCGCCUCGAUAGAAAUCCUGGAGGCGGCGUGUAAUGAAUCCAUCCCAGGCUUGUCGGGCGUCUCCAACUUCACCGUGUUCCUCUACUGUAAACUGUUUGAAGGGGAGAAUGGGUCACUUAAUCCUGCCGAGGCCCGGCUGGGGCUCGACCUGCACGCCACGUGCUCUGAUGCAGCCUGGUACCUGUCUGCUGCUGAGGAGGACUUCCUCUGGGUUCACGUCUGCAGCGGGUUCUUCGCCCAUGAAUUCAACAACACAGUCUGUGCCAACUCCUCUUUCUGGCUGCAGAGAGCACAACAGGCUGCAGUGGCAAAGGACUACCAUUUGUUUAACGUGACUCGUAUAGACGACCUGUGUGUGCAGCUGAGAGGUGAGGCAAUAGAAAGUCCGGUACUCGAUGACAACUGUGUGGCCCAGUUGGGCAACAGGUUGCUCAGUGCCGAGGCGUUCAGGCACUGCUUCCUGCCCAACAACUCCGUCCUGAUCUCAGCGGUGUGCGGGUCACAGUCCCCCGACUCCCACCACACCUUGCCGGAGGGCAGCUGGGCCGCAGCGUACUGCUCCAAAAUCCACAACGUCUCCCUUGCUGACAGCGUCGAGGAGGCGUGUCAGUACAGGGCGUGGGAAGUGCGUCACUUCACCAACUCCACCCUCCUGGAGCUCUGUGAGCAGACGCAUGGGUUGAGGGAGUACAUGUGUCUAAAUGCCUCACUCUUCAAUCAGCUGUUAAGAGCAAUGCCUCAGUUCGCUGAUAUCUGUGCCGAUCUGCAGGCGGAACUGGAGGGCAGGAAGUGCCUCCUGCAGAGGUUUUUCGACAUGCUCCCGGCGCCCUACGAGUUUGACACGUCGCAGCUGUGUGUGGACCCGGUUCCGCUGCUGGUGGAAGCUCUGCACAAGCUGAGUGUGUGUGAGGUUGAGGGAGGGGAGCGUGAGUUUUUUUUAGUGGCGCUGGGAUAUGUGUUGCGAGUCCUGGACUUCAUGGUCGGCCUCUCUUCGGGUCUGGACGAGGGGGAAAGAGAGGCCAGACAAGGUUUGAGUCAGGCCAUCCUCCUCUCCAGUCUCCUUGACAACACCUCCUGGGCCACACUGCAACCAGAAGCCUCCAUGAGUGUGCUGCACACCGUGGGAGUCUUUCUCCGCAGAGAGCAGAACGCCAGUCUAAAAGAGGAUCUACUGAGCUGCUUUAGUCCCGUCUUGUGGGACCUCAUCCAGCAGGACGACAACUCGUCUGCUUUGAGGUUUCUGCUGCAGGAGUACCUCCAGAUGCCAAGGGACAGAAUUCGCACUCUGGUGAUGUCUGCUGAAAAAGAUGCUGUGAAGAGAUUUCUCUCUCAUAUGCAUCAAACUUGGGACCAGCUACAAGUUGAAACCGGACAGGUGUCUCAAAAAGAGUUGCAGGCCAUGGAAACAAUGACUGCUGCUUUCAUCCAUAAGUUCCCCCGGGUGACCCCAGAGUUGUUUGUGGACCUGUCUCAGUUCAUCCCCUUCAUGUCUGUCUCUGACAUCAUGAGCUUCCCAGCCUCCCUGAUAGUCAACGACAGCGUGUUGACGGCCAUUCGUGACCACAGCUCCGAGAUGAAGUCACUGCAGAAAAAGGCCUUUGUAAAAAGACUCCUGCAGUCGAGUGCGGUGGGCGAUGUCCCUACAUGGCCACCAUACUUUCUCAGUUCCAUCCUCCCGCUUCUGCCUUACCUGCCAGUCAGUCAUUUUCAGCAACUGACAUCACAACAGCUUACUCCUCUGGUAGAGUUGCUAGGCAACAGCAGUCUGGAUGGUGUAAGGGGGCGCCAUGUGCUCCGGACCCUCUUCAGCAAGAAGAAUAAUCUGACCAGUGAUAACAUACCGAGGUUAGGUGUCCUUGCAUGUUACCUGGAUCCCAUGGAACUGGCUUCAUUUCUUCAGGACUCAGCCGUGUCCUCGGCUCUUUGGCAGCAGCUGACUCGGUGCAUGUCAAAGGGGUUGAUAACUACCAGUGGGAGGCUGUCCUCUUGGUUGAUACCAGCCGCUGAGACCCUGAACGUCAGCAGCAUGGCUCCCUCGGAGCUGUCUGCCUUCAGCGGUCUGGUACCUCACUUAGGAGCGUCCCUCCUGCUGUCGCUGCCCUCGCAGCUGCUCUUGGAAAUCCUCUCACAACCAGGAGUACACAGAUAUUCUCCAGCACAGGCUUUUCAAAUGUUAUCCAAGAUUUCGAAGGACACCCCCCUCACCGUGGAUAAACUGUGCAGACUGAAGCCGUUACUGUCUGGUCUCUCUCCUGCUGUGCUCAAAGAUCUCCACUGGCCUGAGAUCAGCGGCGCUGCCCACUGCCAGUGCUGGAGGAUGCUGCUCACUGAGCUUAAGCCCGGGCACAGAGCCAUGCUGUACAAUGCAAUGCAGGAGGCUCUGCACGGAUACUCUCAGGACAUCCCUCAGCAGGCUCUCUGUCUUUUACCGUUCGUCCCUCUGAGGAAGCUGACAGAAACCCUAAAUGGAGAAACAAUCCUGAGAGACGUCGGCCUGUACAGAGACAUACGCUGGUCGCCACAGCAGGCUCAGCUUUUGUUCAAAAAGAUCCACACAUUAAAAAACAUUACCAGCAAGAUGGUGAGGGAGCUGGGUCAUAUUGCCGGUGGAAUGAGUUGUGACUUUCUGAGGCUUUGGAGCAACGAUACAGAUUCUCUGGAGCUGCUUCAGUUUGUGAGUGAGCUGCCCGGAGGCAUGAGACCUGCUCUGCGAAAGUGUUUCGUCGAGGAAUUGAGGGAACAACCUAAAAUCAACCUCAGCGCUUUAAGCUCUGGGUUUGCUGCAACCAUACCCGUGACAAUGAUGGAGGACCUCUCCAAUGCAUCCUUCAGGGCCAUUCUGGACCACGUUCAAGCACACUUUGCUGAUUUCCUGAGAAUGCCGCAUUACAAGCAGACGAAUUUAGCUGAGAAGGCAGCAACUGAGCUGGGCUCCUAUCAGGCUGAGGGGGAGAUCGAUGGCACCACCCUGGACGCCCUGGGGCCUUUACUGCCUUUCCUGGACCGGGACAGUUUGGCUCUGGUGGACAGACGAGCACUGGCUCUGCGGCUGGAGGAGAUGAGAAGUUUCUGCCUUCCUAAAGAGGCUCUGGGAGAUAUUAGUGCGCUGCUCACUCAAAAAGACCUGCUCGGGGAUCCAUCCAAAUGGCAAAUUGGGGAUGUGGAGCAUUUGGGCAGGCUGGUGUUCUCUCUCUCAACAACGCAGAUCAACUCCAUCCCACUGACGGUGCUGGAUAAAGACACAGUGGAGCAGGUCCUGGUGGGUCAACGGCGCUGGGAGGACAGUGCGGUGGGUGCAGUCUGUGCGACUCAGUGCAUGGACCAGCCUCUUCAGAGACGGCUGACUCAGAGUCUCAUUCGAGGGAUUGUCAAAGCACGGGGCAUCGGAUCAAAAGUGCCAGUUCCAAGCUGCGCAGACAUCAGAGGGACGUUUCCAUCAGCGUGGACAUCCACUCAGCUCAGCCGGAUGUCACAGGAGGAUCUGAAACAGUGUGUGGAGGUUUUCGCGCAGGACGCUUCAAUGAGCUCCGAGCAGCGCCGAGCCCUGUGGCUGAAACUCAGGAAGUCCUUCAGUCCGGUGAGAGACCUGAGAGCGGAUCAGGUUCUGGCUCUGGGCGCCGUGGCGACCGAGAUGGGAGAAAGAGACCUGCAGGACGCCGGUCUCACUGAUCUGGGUGUGUUGGCACAUCUGGGGACACUGACAGACUGGAGCCCUAAAAAGAUGAGAAUGGUGGUUUUAGGUACAAUGCGGAAACGCAAACUGAAAGUGGAGCAGUUGGCAGCUGUUGAUCUGGCGACAUUUGGCCACCUGAUGUGUGGUUUCUAUCCCUCAGAAAUCAAAAGACUGAGCCCCUACAAUCUCAGUGUGGCUGUGCUGUUCCUACGGGAGACGUCCCUGCCGUGCACAGAGCAGCAGAUGGAGGAGCUGACAAGCCGUUUGUCCAGACCCGAGGCCUUUGGUCCAGUCAGUGCUUGGGGACCAGAAGUUUUCACCGAAAUUGGGACCCUGGCAGUGGGCUUGGAGGACAUGGUGCUAUCAGCUCUGGUACAGGAGCAAGUGGAGGGAAUCACCCCGGAAGCCAUUGCGCUGAUGUCACCAAAAAAGAUGGCAGUGGUGUUCAGUGCGGUCCAGAUGUCGUGGCUGAGUGCGGAGCAGGCGUGGGCCGUCUCCGAGGAGCAGUGGGCGAAGCUGGACACGGAGCAAAGGCACGCGGUCGGACUCGCCCGGUACGAGGGAGACGUCCUGCUGGAGCUGAGAGGGAGGAACUCGGCUCCAGCAGCAGGCAGCUUUACUUCCUCCUGCCUGGCUCUGGGCCUCUUGCUGUGGAAACUCAUUUAACAAACUGGAACCAAUGUCAUUGUCCCUCGACCUCCCUUGGCAUCAGCAUAUUUGUACUUCAAAUAAAUAUUUUGAACUCU